UGUCUCGGUCCCACAGAGCAGCCGCGGCAUCCCGCACCGUGCACGGACACCGGGACACCGGGAGCACGGAUACUGCACUAUUAUUAUUAAGAUUACUAUUAUUAUUGUUUUACUGACUGGAGACCACACAUGCCCGCUUCAGUUCCCCGAUGGUAACGGACCCGCGCGGCCGGAGACAUGUGGACUAGUCCGGGGACGCGCGUCUCUCUCGUGAGUCUGAUCCUGGUGCUGUGGGCCGAGGUGUGCCUCUCCACCGGGUACUUUGAGCUGCAGCUGGUGUCGGUUGGGAACCCCCGGGGCCAGCUCCUUAACGGGGACUGCUGCGACGCGGAGCGCAGCGCGGCGGAGGGCCACUGCGGCGCCGACGAGUGCGACACGUACUUCCGAGUGUGCUUAAAGGAAUACCAGACGGAGGUCACGACGCACGGGCCGUGCACGUACGGCUCGGAAACUACUAAGGUCAUCGGUGGAAAUACUUUUCAGUUCAAGGGCGCGCAGAAGAGCGGACACAACCGGAACAACGACGCGGGGAAGAUCCUCAUCCCGUUCCAGUUCGCCUGGCCGAGGGCCUACACCGUGAUCCUGGAGGCCUGGGACAGAGACAACGGCUCACACAGCAACGACGACAGCCUGCUAAUCGAGCGCAGCGUGUUCAAGGGCAUGAUGAACCCGGGCGAGGAGAAGCAGCCGGUGGAGUUCCGCAGUGCGGCGGCCAGCCUGGCGUACGCCGUGCGCGUGCGCUGCGACGACUACUACUACGGCGUGAAGUGCAACAAGGUGUGCCGGCCCAGAGACGACUACUUCGGACACUACGUGUGCGACCAGAUGGGGAACCGGGGCUGCAUAGAGGGCUGGGCCGGGCCCGACUGCAAGACAGCCCUCUGUAAACAGGGCUGCAGUCUGGAGCACGGCGGCUGCAGCGUGCCGGCGGAAUGCAGGUGUAACUACGGCUGGCAGGGCGCGCUGUGUGACGAGUGCCUGCCGUACCCCGGCUGCGUCCACGGGACCUGCAACGAGCCCUGGCAGUGCACCUGUGAGAAGAACUGGGGCGGCCUGCUCUGUGACAAAGAUCUGAACUACUGCGGCACCAACCGGCCGUGUAAGAACAGCGGCACGUGCAUGAACACGGAACCGGACGAGUACAACUGCGCCUGUCCAGACGGAUACUCAGGGAAGAACUGUGAGAUCGCGGAGCACGCCUGUGUCUCUAACCCGUGUGCCAGCGGCGGGACGUGCCAUGAGGUCCCGUCCGGCUUCGAGUGCCACUGCCCGGCGGGCUGGUCCGGGCCCACUUGUGCUCAAGACACAGACGAGUGCGCCUCCGGCCCGUGCGCCCAGGGGGGAACCUGCAUGGACCUGGAGAACGGCUUUGAGUGCCUGUGCCCCCCCCAGUGGACCGGCAAGACCUGCCAGAUCGACGUUAAUGAGUGUGCGGGGAAGCCUUGCCUCAGUGCUUACUCUUGCAAAAACUUGAUUGGUGGAUAUCACUGUGCCUGCUUUCGUGGAUGGGUUGGCCAGAACUGUGACAUCAAUCAGAACAGCUGCCACGGUCAGUGUCAGAACGGAGGGACCUGCAAGGAGGGCGGAGCCAGAGGAUGCGUCUGCUGGCCGGGUUUCGUGGGCCGGCACUGCGAGCUCCAGAGGAACCGCUGUGCCAGCGGGCCCUGCAGGCACGGCGGGCGCUGCCACGCCCUGAUGGACGGCUUCAUGUGCGAAUGCCCUCAGGGCUUCGCCGGCACCACCUGCGAGGUGCAGAACGACCCCUGCGGGCCCAACCCGUGCCACAACAAGGCCAAGUGCCACAGCCUGGUGAGCGACUUCUACUGCAGCUGCCCCGACGACUACGAGGGCAAGACCUGCUCGGAGCUGAAGGACCACUGCAAGACCAACCGGUGCCGAGUGAUUGACAGUUGCACAAUUGCCGUGGCGACCAACGACACCCAGCAGCGGGUGUGGCACAUCUCAUCCAACGUGUGCGGCCCCCACGGGCGCUGCAUCAGCCUGCCGGCCGGGAACUUCAGCUGCUCCUGUGAGCCGGGCUUCACCGGCACCUACUGCCAUGAGAACAUUAACGACUGUGCGUCGUCUCCCUGUGAGAACGGAGGCACCUGCAUCGACGGCAUCAACUCCUUCCAGUGCUUCUGUCCGGAAGGCUGGGAGGGCCACCUCUGUGACGCCGAUGUGAACGAGUGCAACAUGAACAGCUGUCAGAACGGAGGCCGCUGCGUCGACCUCGUCAACGACUUCUACUGCGACUGCGUGGACAACUGGAAGGGAAAGACCUGUCACUCCCGCGAGAGCCAGUGCGACGCCAGCACCUGCAGCAACGGGGGCACGUGCUACGACCACGGGGACUCCUUCCUGUGCAGCUGCCCCUCGGGCCGGGGGGGCAGCACCUGCAACACGGCCAAGAACAGCACAUGUGACUCGGGGCCGUGUGAGAACGGAGGGACGUGUGUCGGAGGCGGCGACGCCUUCACCUGCAUCUGCAAGGACGGCUGGGAGGGAGCCACCUGUGCACAGAAUGUGGACGACUGCAACCCCCACCCCUGCUACAACGGAGGAAUCUGCGUCGAUGGCGUCAAUUGGUUCCGAUGUGAGUGCGCACCGGGGUUCGCCGGACCGGACUGCCGCAUCAACAUGGACGAGUGUCAGUCUUCUCCGUGUGCCGGCGGCUCCACCUGCAUGGACGAGAUCAACGGCUACCACUGCGUCUGUCCUCCGGGCUACGCCGGGCCUCGAUGUCUGAAGUUCAUCGGCCUGGGGAAAGCGUGCCGUCACGCCGGCUUGCAGUUUCCUCACGGCAGCCGGUGGGAGGAGGAGUGCAACGCCUGCCAGUGCGCCAACGGCCACGCCCGCUGCUCCAAGGUGCGCUGCGGUCGCCGGCCCUGCCUCCUCCCAAAGGCGGCGCCCUCCCCGGACAUGAACACCGGACCGCCGUGCCCCGGGGGUCACGAGUGCGAGGAGCACCAGUUCCUCGCCUGCUUCUCGCCGCCGUGCCACCGAUGGGGCGUGUGUUCGACGCCCGACCCGCCGGCGCCGCUGCACACGCGGUGCGAGCCCAACAGCGGCUACCUGGACAGCGGCUGCGCCCGCAUCACGCUCAUCUUCAAGAAGGAGAAAGUGCCGCAGGGCACCACUGUCGAGAACAUCUGCUCUGAGCUCCGGUACCUCCCCGUGGCUCAGACGCUGGCCGAGGAGCGAGCGCUGCUUAUCCUGUGUGACCUGUCGUACUCCAACGGGGACGCGGUGGAGGUCGCCAUGUCCUUCGAGGAGGAAGGGCGGGCGCCGGACGGCGAGCGCGGGCGGAUCCAGAAGGCGGCGAGCGCCGUCAUCAACGCGCUCUCCAAGCGCCACAACAGCACCGUCAUGCUGGCCGUGGUGGAGGUCAAGGUGGAGACGCAGGUGGAGCCGCCAUCUGUCGGUUACCUGGUCCCGGUGCUGUGCGUGGUCUUCGGCGUGCUGUGGGUCUUCUGCCUCGUGGUCUGCGUGUUGUGGACCCGCAAGAGGAAGAAAGAGCGCGAGCGAGCGUCGCGGGCGGCGGACACGGCCGUCAACAACCAGCUGCUGCUGCGGCCGAGCAACGCGCUCAAGGACAACCGCGACAAAGACAUUCGCUACGAGUGCGAGAAGAUGAUGGCGCCCGCCGACAGGACGUGCGACGGCGCCGAGGGCGAGGAGGGCGGGGAGGCGCAGCGGGAAGAGGAGGACGAGGAGAGGGCGCCGGGUGCCGGAGAGAAGCGUCCGCCGCGGAGGAGCUCCACGCCGGCGGGGUCACAGGACUGGGGGGUGACGGGCAAAGGGGGUGGAGUCAUCUGCACGUCGCGCAGCGGCCCGGUGAAGGCGCCGCACCGGACGGCGUACAGCCCCAAGGACAACCGGUGUAAGAACCUGCACGCCGCAAGGCUGGCCGAGGACGUGAAGGACCACUACGUGUGACUCCGCCCCGCUGGAGACUGCCAGACUCCGCCAGACUCCGCCCCUCUGGAGACCGCCAGACUCCGCCCUUCUGGAGACCGCUAGGCCGGAGGAACGCUCCACUUUUAUAUUUCUGUUGGGCUCGUCUCGCCACCGUAAAGCUGACUUCACCAAAAACAACCCAAAAAAAAGACGUGGAAGAAAAACACGACGACGGAGAAUUAUUAAUGUUCACCGAUCUGAUCGGAACUAACGGACCCCCCUCCCUCUCUCUCCCCCCUCCCUCCCUCUCUCCCUCUCUCUCUCUCUCUAGUUCUUUCUCUCCCUCCCCCCCCUCUCUCUCCCCCCUCUCUCUCUGUCUCUCUCUCCUUCUCUCUCUCUUCCUCCCUCCCUCUCUCUCCCCCUCUCUCUCUCUCUCUCUCUACCUCCCCUCUCCCCCCACCGUUCUCUGCCUUAGUCUGAACCUUUCGGGCCUUUUUUUUUCUAAAACUGUCUUCAAAUCUUUUUAUAAAACAAAACAAUCACAAAAAAAAGUCGUUCAAAGUUGUCUCAGAGAAUCCAGAGUUUGAGUUCUGAGCUCUUGUUGUUGUUGUUGUUGUUGUUUACACUCAUACACAUCUGUUCCAUGUUCAGGCUUCUCACGUGUAUAUACCUUUAAAUGAUGAUGUCACCGUGGCGAUAGUUCAGUAUUCGCCUCGGUAGAAAAGUGCCUUCAGCCUUUAUUAUUAUUAUUAUUAUUAUUUUCUUUCUCUUUUCUUCCCCUCUUUUAGAGUUUAUGCAGAAUAGAUCAAAGGGAAAGAUCCACAACUCUUCUGUACAUAUGUAAAUAUGAAGAGAGGCUGUAUAUUUAGUAACUUAAGCUCUGUGUUCGUUGUCCUCGUUAAUGAUGUCAUUCCGUUGAUUCUGGCCGUUGACACGUCUAAAGACACGCCGAUGAGGUUCUGGGUUCUGGGUUCUAGGUUCUGGGUUCUAGGUUCUGGGUUCUAGGUUCUGGGUUCUGGACGGUCCUUUAGGUCCCGCCGGCAAAUUCUUCUGCAAAUCCCGGUGGUGGUUUUCGUCUCCAUCCACAUGAGCUGCUGGUGUCUCUGUGCUGGACGCCCGUCAUGAGAGCCCGCCUGUUGGAUCCUAUCGGAGAGCAUCCGAGCCUCAGGUAGUUCUGCCCUCCUGGUCCUGUGGAGAUGGUGUGAGACGUUCUCCUGAAGCCUUCAGACCCUUCAGAUCCUUCAGACCCUCAGACCCCUCAGAUCCCUUAGACCCUUCAGAUCCAUCAGACCCGUCAGAUACUUCUGACCCUUCAGAUACUUCUGACCCACAGACCUUUCAGACCCUUCAGACCCUCUGACGGCUGAACAGGGAUGAAAACCUGAAACGUGUUUUUAAAACCAAACAUCUUCGUCUCUCGCUUGCACAAAGCCAACAUUGUUCCUUUUGGAUUCUCAGCGUGUUUCACGCCAUUUGGGAUCCCCAGACACUGGAAUCGACACGUUUGGUGCGUCAGGUUUUCACAUUUUACAGAUUUCAGACGCAACUUUUUGGUUUUCUUUUGGACGUGAAUUCAGAGCCUCCAUUUUGUUUUCCUUCCACAAUGAUCUGAGGAGCCCUGAACCAUGACAUGCUCUCUUGAUUAGGGACUCCAAAUGGCACGACAUACAGUAAAGUGGAGGGGGCCUCAUACAGUGCCCCAUUGCAAGACACCGAAUGCCCUCAUAGACGAAUAAGGUGUGAGGUUUGAGGUUAUUGGACAAGUGUGAAUCCUAAAUGUUUAGCCCUGCCUCCACUCCGUGUAUCUAUCCUGGUCUAAUGAAGGGAACAAGUUGUUGUUGUUGUGCUUGUUGUCGAGUGUUUUGUAAAGUCUGUUUCUGCACUAAGAACACAGAAGAAGACAAAUGUUCGGCAUCACAUACAAAAAGUAAAAUUGUCAUUUUAUGGAUGAACAUUUUUUGGUUUUUACUGUUUUUGUCAUAAAGCAAAUUGUUUUGAACCCAAAUUCACAAUCUGCCAGUAAAUCCCACAUUGUGAGUCCUGAAGGGCCGAAUGUGCAGAACCUUGUAAUUAUUUUGUAAAAAAAAAUUUGGUAAAAGUCUUUUUGGUUUGUUAGUAGAAUUUUUUUUGUUUUGUUCUUAGAACAAUCUUAUUAUUUAUUAAAGUAUUUUAUACCAAAAUGCA